AUGCAGUUCUAUGUAACAUUUGUGGCUGUGUUAAUCAUCCACAAUGCAUUGGGAGCUUAUGAAGACACUCGGUGUAAAUGUGUCUGUUUGCUUCCAGCCUCUGUCACUAAUGAAACCAAGUCUACGAAGAAAAUAUUUGUAAAAGCGAUUUCUUCAGAAAAAUGCACUUGUGAAUAUAUGUUACAAAAUGACAAACGUUUUUGUCCUUUUUGUGAGUGCAAAUUCCAAGUUCGAAAUACUACGACAAUCAAGCUCACAUAA